UCUCUUAAGCGCUGGAAUGAAGAGAGGAUGGUCUGGUGUGAGAAAGGUGUCCAGAUUCUACUUACAACUGUGGGGGCUUUUGCUGCCUUUGGUCUCAUGAUAAUUGCCAUUGGCACAGAUUACUGGCUAUAUGCUCGUGCCUUCAUUUGCAAUACCACUAAUAUCUCUACUGAAGAAACGCCCCAGAAAGACAAGAAAGAUCCUGGAGGACUCACCCAUUCAGGUCUUUGGCGGAUAUGCUGUUUAGAAGGAUUGAAGCGAGGAGUGUGUGUAAAAAUCAACCAUUUUCCAGAGGACACAGACUAUGAUCACGACAGUGCAGAAUACCUCCUACGAGUGGUACGAGCCUCAAGCAUCUUUCCUAUCCUAAGUGCUCUUUUGCUGUUGCUGGGUGGGUUCUGCGUAGCUGCCAGCCGUGUCUACAAGUCGAAGCGCAACAUUAUUCUAGGUGCUGGCAUCCUGUUUGUUGCUGCAGGCCUCAGUAACAUCAUUGGCGUAAUCGUCUACAUCUCGGCCAAUGCUGGUGAUCCCGGCACAAAACGUGACGAUGAGAAGAAGAGCCACUAUUCUUACGGCUGGUCCUUUUAUUUCGGUGGCCUUUCCUUCAUCCUGGCUGAGAUGAUUGGUGUGCUGGCGGUUAAUAUAUACAUUGAGAAGAACCGCGAGGCCCAUUGCAAAAGCCGCACAGAACUCUUGAAGAAUCCUUCUUCCUCCUCCUCAGCCAUCUUGCGCCUACCCAGUUACCGUUUCCGAUACCGCCGCCGGUCACGUUCCAGCUCCCGCUCCACCGAGCCCUCCCAGUCUCGAGAAACCUCCCCCGUUGGCCUGAAGGGCUUCCCUUCCACCGACAUCUCUAUGUACACACUGUCUAGGGACCCGUCCAAGGCCAACGUCAGUUCCCUUUACGGCGGUGCCAGUGAGACCGCCUCCACAGGGGCAACGACCUCCGGGGUGACCGGAACUGGUGGCGGAUUCUUACAGUUGCACAACACCUUCCCCAAAGAUCCUGGAGUGACAGUCACCGUGACUGGGCCUGGGGUAGCAGGAGCCACUGGUACCCUGGGUAAAGAUGCCUCCUCCAACACCAACACACUCAACAGGAAGACCACGCCAGUGUAG